AUGCUGCCGCCGAACUGCACGUCCUUGCUCCAACCGCUAGACCAGGGGAUCAUUCGCUUGACGAAGGCGCACUACCAGAAAAGGAUGCUCGAGCGAAUCUUACUUAACAUCAAGAACGAAGUUCAGAGGCCCACUGAGAUCAAUGUGCGUCAGGCUAUCGAGAUGAUAACCGGAGCCUGGCGGAACGUGACAUCAGAGGUCAUAAAGAACUGCUGGAGGAAAGCUGGUUUCUCGCAGGAAGUCAGCAUGAACGAAGCGGAGGUGUCGCACGAGGACGACGCGUUGAUCCUUGACGUGUGGGAUGGCUACAUGGACGCGUUUGGCAUCCCUGAGGGACUUACGCUGAUAGACUUCAUCACCACGGAUGAUGAAGUGACAGUGAGGUCACAGCUGAACAGUGAUGCAGCCAUUUGCGAGGAAAUCCAGCUCGACAAUCACGUUGACACAAUGGAAGACGCAGAGGAGGACAGCAGCGAUGAUGAAAACAAAGCACCAGUGACAAAGAUUACGGCAGGAAACGCAGUGGAAAUGUUAGAAAAAGUGCAAACCUCCCUGUCAUCAUGUUCAGAUGUGUCAGAGGAGCAUUUUGCGAUGCUUGACGGCCUCAAAUCAUACUGUUCAAGGAGCGCCUUGAACAAACUUUCCCAGAAGAAAGUUACGGAGUUCUUUAGUCCGAGAUAA